CAGAUUGAUGAGGAGGCUAAUCACAAAGCCUCUGAGAAAAUCUGCCUUACAUCUUGGUCUCCCACUCGCUCGCUCUCACUCUCAAACGCACACAUAGAACUAAACCACGCUCCGCCUUUAAUUCCACCAACUCCAGGAUCAGCGCGCAUCACCGGGGAGAGAGGAGGACAGAGAGACCUAGUGGGAGCGAGAGAAAAAGAGUUAACCACUGUCAAAGCCGAUUUACAGCUCGUCGGGUCAGAUUGUUUCACUGUCUGUCCACUUGUGGGUUCUCCCCCUUUGUGGACGACGCCUGGUUUUCUCCUGUUUGCUAUUUUUAGUUUUUUUUGUUGUUGUUUUUUUUGUUGUUGUUGUUUUGUUUUGUUUUUUAUCGAGAAGCAUGGAUUUAUUCUAGUGCUUGUGGGACUUUGGCAUCACUACUAUGAGUUCCUCUGCAGAAGCGCGUCCGUCAGAAGGGCAACUUUUCUGUGCGCUAAGGCGCCGCUGAGCCGCGCGUCUCUCGGUGGGAAAGUUUACACGCAACCCCCUGUGAACAUGGGCUUGCGGUGAAGACCCCGGUUGUCCCACUUUCUUCUCUCUUCCAAACUGUGCGACAAAAUGCAGAAGAGCGUUCGCUACAACGAAGGCCACGCGCUGUUUCUGUCGGCGGUCGCGCGUAAAGAGGGGACCAAGCGCGGCUACCUGAGCAAGAAGACGGCGGAGAACAGCCGAUGGCACGAAAAGUUCUUCGCCCUCUACCAGAAUAUACUGUUCUACUUCGAGAACGAGCAGAGCGCGCGCCCUGCCGGGAUUUACCUGUUGGAAGGAUGCACCUGUGAGCGCGCACCGGCCCCCAAGAUGUCCACCAUAGGGAAGGAAGCGCUGGAGAAACAGCACUACUUCCUCAUCAUUUUUGGUCAUGAUGGACAGAAACCCCUGGAGCUGCGGACAGAAGAGGAGUAUGAGUGCGAUGAAUGGGUGGAUGCCAUCCAACAGGCCAGUUAUUCUGACAUCAUCAUCGAAAGAGAGGUGUUGAUGCAGAAAUACAUCCACCUUGUACAGAUAGUGGAGACUGAGAAAGUGGCAGCCAAUCAGCUGCGAACCCAGUUAGAGGAUCAGGACACAGAGAUUGAGAGGCUCAAAUCGGAGAUUGUAGCUCUUAACAAAACUAAGGAGCGAAUGCGGCCUUACCACGUCCCUCUUGAAAAUGAAGACCCGGAUAUCAAAAAGAUAAAAAAGGUGCAGGGUUUCAUGCGGGGCUGGCUUUGUCGCAGGAAGUGGAAGAUCAUCGUUCAGGACUACAUCUGCUCUCCCCACGCUGAGAGCAUGAGGAAGAGGAACCAGAUUGUUUUCAACAUGGUGGAGGCAGAGACAGAGUAUGUCCACCAGCUCUUCAUCCUGGUCAACUGUUUCCUCAGACCAUUGAGGAUGGCUGCCAGCUCCAAGAAGCCCCCCAUCAGCCACGAUGAUGUCAGCAGCAUCUUCCUAAACAGUGAGACCAUCAUGUUCCUACAUGAGAUUUUCCAUCAAGGUUUGAAGGCGAGGAUAGCCAACUGGCCGACUCUGGUGCUGGCCGACCUGUUUGACAUCCUGCUGCCCAUGCUAAACAUCUAUCAGGAGUUUGUGCGAAACCAUCAGUACAGCCUGCAGGUUUUAGCCAACUGUAAGCAGAACAGAGACUUUGACAAGCUGCUGAAACAGUAUGAGUCCAAUGCCGCCUGCGAGGGAAGGAUGCUCGAGACCUUCCUCACGUAUCCCAUGUUCCAGAUUCCCAGAUACAUCAUCACCUUGCAUGAGUUAUUGGCACACACACCUCAUGAGCAUGUGGAACGCAAGAGUCUUGAAUUUGCCAAGUCCAAAUUAGAGGAGCUCUCCAGAGUAAUGCAUGACGAGGUGAGUGACACGGAGAACAUCAGAAAGAACCUGGCCAUAGAAAGGAUGAUAGUGGAGGGCUGUGACAUCCUGCUGGACACCAGCCAGACCUUCGUCAGGCAGGGCUCGCUGAUCCAGCUGCCGUCAGUGGAGCGAGGGAAGCUAAGUAAGGUCCGUUUGGGUUCUCUCUCUCUGAAGAAAGAAGGGGAAAGGCAGUGUUUCCUCUUUACCAAACACUUCCUGGUCUGCACACGCAGCUCCGGGGGAAAACUGCACCUUCUCAAGCAAGGUGGAGUUUUGUCCCUAAUUGACUGCACACUUAUAGAGGAACCAGAUGCCAGUGAUGAGGAGUCUAAAGCUGGUGGUCAUGUUUUUGGUCAGCUGGACUUUAAGCUUGUAGUAGAGCCAUCAGACUCACCUUCAUUCACUGUGGUGUUACUGGCGCCAUCACGGCAAGAGAAGGCUGCAUGGACCAGUGAUAUUAGUCAGUGUAUAGAUAAUAUUCGCUGUAAUGGUUUGAUGACCAGUGUAUUUGAGGAGAACUCCAAAGUCACUGUACCUCAUAUGAUCAAAUCUGAUGUCCGUCUCCAUAAAGAUGAUGUUGACAUUUGCUUCAGCAAGACGCUCAACUCCUGCAAGGUCCCCCAGAUCCGCUAUGCCAGUGUGGAGCGGCUGCUGGAGAGGCUGACUGACCUGCGCUUCCUCUCCAUAGACUUCCUCAACACCUUCCUGCACACGUACAGGAUCUUCACCACAGCAACAGUAGUCAUGGACAAACUGGCCGACAUCUACAAGAAGCCUUUCUCUUCCAUACCUAUCAGGUCCUUGGAGCUGUUUUUUGCCACCAAUCAGAAUAGCAGAAGUGGUGAGCAUAUAAAUGACAAAUCUCCUCGUCUCUGCCGAAAGUUCUCCUCUCCCCCUCCUCUGUCCAUCCCAUCCCGCACCUCUUCUCCUGUCAGAACACGAAAGCUUUCCCUCCACUCCCCCAUCUCUGCCAGGGUCGGAGGCCUUGACUUAACCAGUCCUGUGUCAAACCAGUCCACCGUCAACCAUAACACUUCCAAGUCUGCUGGUAGUAGUCCCACAUCUGCCCACACCCCCCAGACUCCAACUCCUCACACCCCAAAUUCAACUACCUCCUCUCCUCCUUCAACUUCCACCUCUCCCCCACCCAACAAUUCCAAAUCACCACAGGACCAAGUACCUUCCAUUCCCUUUUCCCCGGACCAGAGUCCCUGCCCGACCACAGAGGGGGAGGAGGUGCCCAGGAUUGACCCUUUCUGUGGAAAACUGCGGCGAAGCAUCCGCAGAGCUGUGCUGGAGUCAGUGUCACUGGAGAAAAUCCUUCCAGAGUCUCCUCAGAGCAGUGAAGCAGGGGACAUGUCUCCAUGUCGUUCCCCUUCCACACCUCGACAUCUCCGCUACAGACAGCCCGGAGUCCAGUCAGGAGAGAACACGCGCUGCUCAGUCUCUCCUGCCUCAGCCUUUGCUAUCGCCACAGCCGCAGCAGGGCACAGUACACCACCAGUGUUUACUAACUCUGAAAGAACUUGUGAUAAAGAAUUCAUCAUCCGCCGGGCUGCAACUAACAGAGUUCUCAAUGUGCUGCGCCACUGGGUCUCCAAACACUCACAGGACUUUGAGAUGAACCUGAAGCUGAAGAUGUCGGUGGUCUGUCUCUUGGAGGAGGUUCUCAGAGACCCGGACCUUCUGCCUCAGGAGAGGAAAGCCACUGCCAACAUACUAAGUGCCCUUUCUCAAGAUGAUCAGGAAGAUGCCCAGCUGAGGAUAGAGGACAUCUUACAGAUGGCGGACUGUGCGAAGGCAGAGUGUUUUGAGUCUCUCUCAGCGAUGGAGCUGGCAGAGCAGAUCACGCUGCUGGACCACAUCGUCUUCAGGAGCAUUCCUUAUGAAGAGUUCUUGGGCCAGGGCUGGAUGAAGGUGGAUAAGACAGAAAGGACACCCUACAUCAUGAAAACUAGUAAACAUUUCAAUGAUAUGAGUAACCUGGUGGCGUCACAGAUAAUGACCCAUACCGAUGUGGGCUCGAGGGCCAACUCCAUAGAGAAGUGGAUUGCGGUGGCUGACAUCUGCCGUUGUCUCAACAACUACAACGGAGUACUGGAGAUCACAUCUGCACUUAAUCGCAGUGCUAUCUACCGUUUGAAGAAGACCUGGGCUAAAGUCAGCAAACAGACUAAAGCACUGAUGGACAAACUACAGAAGACAGUGUCCUCCGAGGGAAGGUUUAAAAAUCUGAGAGAGACCCUGAAAAACUGCAACCCUCCGUGUGUUCCAUACCUGGGAAUGUAUUUAACAGAUCUGGCCUUUAUUGAGGAGGGAACGCCCAAUUUUACUGAAGAAGGUCUUGUCAACUUUUCCAAAAUGAGGAUGAUUUCCCACAUCAUCAGAGAGAUCCGACAGUUCCAGCAAACUCCAUACAGAAUAGAGCAUCAAAUCAAGGUGACCCAGUAUCUUCUGGAUAAGACUCUGAUCAUGGAUGAAGACACACUCUAUGAUCUCUCGCUGAAGAUCGAGCCCAGGCUUCCUGCCUGAGUUACAGUUGUUUGUGGCCAGUGGGAGCCUCCUGAACCUGGACCCCCAAGGGCAACAUGCCCACGUAAUCUCAAUCAAGAGGAAAUCGGGAAGUUUUGAGAGCAACACAGAAAUGGAAGUAAGACUGACUUGAGCUCUCUUGAGAGUCGAGUACAAGGACAGUUGAAAAAGACUGAGAGUUUUACAAGAGGCUGAGGGAAUAUGAGAAGUGGGCAGACCAAGUCUUUUUAAGGCGGUGGCCUGAAAAGGAGGGUUUUGAGAGAAGACGUGUGCUCAUUCCUCAGUGAAGACUGUGGUGCACUAGACAUCACACAACCUGAGAGUGCAGGAAAGGCUGAGAGCACAGAGUGAAUGCAUGAAAUACAGUGGAUAUAACAGAGAUGUAGCACAUACAGAAAGAUGUCAGAGCUCGUGUGUCCGUGCUGUUGUCUGUGUUCUGUUGCCUGUGCGUUUCUGUGCCACGUCCAUGGAGCAAGAGCCCCAAAAACGCUUUCUGUCAUGAUAGCAACUACAUAGUACUUGCAUGAUUUCAGCUUAGGCUAUAACUGUCUAAGGGUCUUCAACCUGACCCCUGACCUUCAGCUUAGCAUGCUUCACUCCUACCAGGGUGACUCUCCAAGCCACUAUGCAUCCUCAGUGGGCUGGGUAUGCCUUGAAGCCUUCAAAUAUAAUGACAAAAGACACUAAAAUGAAAUGUAUAAAGAUAAUUAAAAUCAGAAAAUUUGAUGUAUUUUGAUGAAGUGGCUGAUUUUUUUGUUUGUUUUUUACUGUUGAAAUAAUUUUAGCCAGUCCUUGCCUAAAAACUUCCCAUGAAACUGCAGAGCUCUUUUUUAUGUCCAGUGAAUGAUACAAAAUUUUAAACUUUGCCUUCCAUUAGUGUAGGUCAAUUUACAAGGAUCAAGUUGUGUAUACACCAAUCUGCCAUAACAUUACGACCACCUGCCUAAUGCUGUGUACAUAGUCAGUGUGGCAGUUAGCACAGUGUGGCACUCGUGUCACUCUGCAGCUCACAGCACAUGUUGUGUGAAUCUGUUUGCUUCCAUAGUUAUACUGUCUGAAAGAGCACAAAUGUGUCAACCAGUCAGUGAUAAAAAUAUGUUAAAGGAGUGAAAACUGUGGCUGUGAGGGCAAGUUAGAGAGAAUUUUUUCAGACAAAUUCAACAGCUUCCCCACUCUAGGUGUGAUAUCACCUCUAUAGCUGCUGAAUGUUUCUUUUCUAUUCAGUCUCUUCAAUGUACUGCUUUUCUAAUUUUCAACCAUUUCAACAAACGCUCAACAAAUUAUUUUUCAUCUUUUGGAGUUUAAAACUUAAUGCAUGAUAGGGCAACCUCGUCGUUACUGAGCCUUGGGCAUCCAUGACCUUGUCGCUGCUUCACUGUUUGUCCUUCCUUAGACACUGUUGGUAGAUACUAACCAC